AUGAUGUCGGUUGAAGGGUCUACGAUAACGAGUCGGAUCAAAAACCUGCUUCGCUCCCCUUCCAUUAAGCUGAGAAGAAGCAAGCCUGGGAACAAGCGUGAAGACAUAGGCAGCAAGGUGACUUUGGAGAAGGUGUUGGGGAUAACUGUGUCUGGAGGCAGAGGAUUAGCCUGCGACCCCAGAACUGGCCUCGUUGCUUAUCCAGCAGGGUGUGUUGUUGUGCUGUUCAACCCAAGAAAAAAUAAGCAACACCAUAUUCUAAACAGUUCCAGGAAAACAAUUACAGCACUUGCUUUCUCUCCAGAUGGGAAAUAUUUGGUUACAGGAGAGAGUGGACACAUGCCAGCAGUUCGGGUAUGGGAUGUGGCUGAACGAACCCAGGUGGCUGAGCUCCAGGAGCACAAGUAUGGUGUGGCCUGUGUGGCCUUUUCCCCCAGCUCCAAGUACAUUGUUUCAGUGGGGUACCAGCAUGACAUGAUUGUCAACGUGUGGUCAUGGAAGAAAAACAUUGUAGUGGCAGCCAACAAAGUCUCAAGUAAAGUGACAGCCGUGUCAUUCUCAGAGGACUGCAGUUACUUUGUCACUGCUGGAAAUCGACACAUCAAGUUCUGGUACCUGGAUGACAGCAAAACGUCCAAGGUCAAUGCCACGGUCCCCUUGCUAGGUCGCUCAGGAUUGCUUGGAGAACUGAGGAACAACUUCUUUGCAGAUGUGGCAUGUGGAAGGGGCAAAAAAGCUGACAGCACCUUCUGUAUCACAUCCUCAGGCCUGCUCUGUGAAUUCAAUGAAAAAAGGCUGCUAGACAAGUGGGUAGAGCUGAGGACCACUGUGGCAAACUGCAUCUCUGUGAAUCACGACUACAUCUUCUGUGGCUGCGCUGAUGGCACCGUGCGGAUCUUUAACCCUCUGAACCUCCACUUUGUCACCACCCUGCCGAAGCCGCACUUCCUGGGAACAGACAUUGCCAGUGUCACUGAGGCCAGUCGUCUUUUCUCUGGUGUGGCUGAUGCGAAGUAUCCGGACACAAUUGCAUUGACCUUUGACCCCACCAACCAGUGGCUUUCCUGUGUAUACAAUGACCACAGCCUGUAUGUGUGGGAUGUCAAAGACCCGAAGAAAGUGGGCAAGGUGUACUCUGCUUUGUACCACUCUUCCUGUGUGUGGAACAUUGAGGUGUAUCCGGAGGUGAAGGACAACAAUCAGCCAUGCCUCCCCCCUGGUUCAUUCAUCACCUGCUCCUCUGACAACACCAUUCGUCUGUGGAACACUGAGAGCUCCAACAUUCAUGGCACAGCCCUGCACCGCAACAUCCUCAGCAAUGACUUGAUGAAAAUCAUCUAUGUAGAUGACAACACGCAGGUACUUCUGGACACUGAUUACAACUCAGCAGGCAGUGCCGACAAAGCUGAUGCACAAGUGAUGGACACGAAGGUGGGGAUACGCACUGUCUGUGUGAGUCCCAGUGGGGAGCACCUUGCCUCGGGGGACAGGAUAGGCACUCUCAGGAUAUAUGAGUUGCAGUCUCUGACGGAAAUGCUAAAGGUGGAAGCUCAUGACUCAGAGAUCCUAUGUCUGGAGUACUCCAAACCUGACACAGGCUUAAAGCUCUUGGCCUCAGCCAGUCGGGAUAGGUUGAUUCAUGUCUUGGAUGCUGGAAAGGACUACAGCCUGCAGCAGACCCUGGAUGAACAUUCUUCUUCCAUCACUGCUGUGAAGUUUGCAGCCAAUGAUGGAAAAGUGCGAAUGAUAAGCUGUGGGGCAGACAAGAGCAUCUAUUUCCGAACUGCGCAGAAGACAGGAGAAGGGGUUCAGUUUACCCGAACGCAUCACAUUGUUAGGAAGACCACUCUGUAUGACAUGGAUGUGGACCCCAGCUGGAAAUAUGCAGCUAUUGGAUGUCAAGAUCGUAACAUCAGGGUUUUCAAUAUAAGCAGUGGGAAGCAGAAGAAGCUUUACAAGGGUUCCCAAGGUGAAGAUGGCACCCUCAUCAAAGUGCAAACAGAUCCCUCUGGUCUUUAUAUUGCAACCAGUUGUUCAGACAAGAACCUCUCCAUCUUCGAUUUCUAUUCUGGCGAGUGUGUUGCAACCAUGUACGGACAUUCAGAGAUUGUAACCGGGAUGAAAUUCAGUAAUGACUGCAAACAUCUGUGCUCUGUUUCUGGUGACAGCUGUAUUUUCAUCUGGCGUCUGAGCUCAGAGAUGACCAUCAACAUGCGGCAGCGACUUUCUGACAUGAAACAGAGAGGGAAGCAGGCAGAAAAGUCUCCUCCACACAAGACGGCUGGACUUAAGAGGCACGAGUCCAUCUCUGCCCUGUCCUCUGUGCCUGCACUCUCGUCAGACAGUGACAAGGAUGGUGAAGAUGAAGGGAAUGAUGAAGAUGAGUUACGUGGGCUGCAGUCUUUCCAUAUUCAGUCCAACUGCAACACUGACAGAGAUUCAGAUCCAGACCUUACCCUCUCAAGAAGCCUUUCCCAGUGGGAAAUGAGGAGGGCCAAAGAGAUAGCAGCAAUCCAGCGCUCAGAGGCACCGAUGAGCAAGAUGCCCCGGCAGCGCGGGCGCUGGUCCCAGCCAAGCAGCAGCAUAGAGAUGACUGUGAAAUCCAUGCUGGACUUGCGUCAGCUGGAGUCUUUCUCUGGUUCCCGUUCUCCCAGUCGAGACUCGCUCUCUCAGAACAGCAACGGGGAUGACAGAGAGGAGCAGGCAGAUCUUCCUGUGCACAUCAACAAAGUUGGCAGCUCAAUACCUCUUCAAGAUAACCAAUCUUGUAUGAGACCUCAAGUGAUUCGGCUUAUGUCUUGUGAAGAGGGGAUUUUCUCUCAGGAACUGGAACCUUCUGAGAGUGAGGAGUGUGUAAUCUACCCUGAGCAAGAUGAAAUCCAAAACACAGACUCUAGCAGUGAGUUCCAGGUAAAAGCAUUGGCCCAUGGGAAGCUAAGUAGAGAUUAUCACAGUAAUGGAUGCCCAGACAAACACAGCCCAGACAGUGCCUGCUCUGUAGACUACAGCAGCAGUCGUCUGUCCAGCCCGGACCAUCCAAAUGAAGAUUCUGAAAGCACUGAGCCCCUAAGUGUGGAUGGCAUCUCAGACCUGGAGGGAGAGGAUGGAGAGGAGGAUGUCAGUUCUGGCUUGCCAGAGGGAGAAGCUCCCCCCCCACCCGAUCAGGAAAAGUUUCUCAAGCAACAUUUUGGGACCCUGAGCAGCACUGAUGGCAAAGGUGGGUCAUGUAGGAGUCUGGAAAGAACUGAAAACCUCAGCAUUUCCUCUCGCUUUCUCUCCCAGUCCCCGGCUCUCAGACAAUUGUCACUCUCUUCAUCAAAUCUGACACUGGAUUCAAAGCCCCUUGAGCCGCCAACCCAGACCAGUCGGUUUACACCAGACCUGUCGAAAAAUGACAGCAGCCAUCCUGGUGAUGCAUUGGAGAACAGCCAGCUCCUGGAGAGUGUAAAUUCAAAUCAGGCUCUUUGUGUCCAGAAAAAACGCAGAUCAACUUUGGAGGCCAGCAGAGUUGGUAUGGCUCCUGGACGGGUUAUUGCAUCCUUUCCAGAAGGCCCUGUGAAUACAGUGAUGAGAAAGGCACAGUCAGUUCACGACCUCAUUCAUGAGGAUAAGGGUCCUGGAGUGAUAUCCUCUGCCAAGCAGCGUCCUCAGACUCUUUUGGUGGUUGAGAAGGAUCCCAGACCUAACAAUUGCAGGGUGUUAUCGGCCAGUAUGUUGAAGAUGGAUGGAUCUGGUGCUCUGCUGGCCAAAGAUGUCAGGGCUGCAAAACCAAAGUCCUACAUGAACCCUACAACCAGCUUCCGGGCUAAGAUGUCAAGGAGCAUAUCUGUAGGGGAAAAUCUGUACCUUGGUUACUCCACUGAAAUGUUGACUGAUGGGAGGACUAGCCCUCCAGUGGCAGAGAAGACACAGUUUAGUUCCACAACAGAUGCUGAGAAGAUUAAGCUACCAGUGAAAGAAAAUGCUCCAGUGAAGCCCGCACUUCAGCCAGUUGUAAACUGCUCAUCUCCCAAGUCCUUCCACAGCAAGUUGGCAUCAUCAAACCGAGCACAUCUGAUUCUUGACAUUCCUAAGCCAUUGCCUGAUAGACCCACACUGGCCUCCUUCUCACCCACUACCAAAUCAAAAACCCUGCUUGAGCCACAGUCUCCACAGUCACCUGCUGGGGCCUGUAAAAAGAAACCCUCUUUUCCUGAGGUCCGAGCCUCCAAGAGGGAGACUCAAACUGCUGGGUCUCUGGUUCUUGGUAGAGAGAUCCCAACAGGACUUGCUAAGGAGAGCCCAGUGGAGAGCCCAGUCUCAAGGACAGGUUGCCAGGAAGAGCCAGGGGUCACUAAUCCAAAACUGAGGGAGUUGUCAGAGGGCCGGCACCUGAGGUCUCCUGAGGGCACACUGCCUGUGUGCAGGGAGAGGAUCACCGGCAUCACUUGUGUGCUAGAUAAUCAACCUGGACUUUGCCCACUAGACCCCAUCAGGCCAAGGUCUCCUACAUCUGUAACUGCCUCGACACAGGUCUCAGAAUCGUGCAUCAGUAUAGAGCAGUGCCAGCAGGUGGUAUCCGAGCUGCAGGACAGCAUGUGCAGAGCCCUUCGUCUGUACCGCAGGGUGUUAAAUGAUACAGAGUCUUCUACUGACAAAGAUAAAAUAGCAGGCCUCUUGACAGAAACAUUCUCCUCAAUGAAGAAACAACUGGACUCUCUGAAGGAUGAGGAGGAGCUUCCAAAGGUUAAGGAGAUACUGGUGAGGCCACAAGAUACCACUAACCCACUGAAUGAGGGAUGUGGUGCCAAUCUGCCAAGUCCCAAGAGUCUGGGAGAUGAGCAGACACUAGCUUUGCUGGAACAGUACUCAGAACUAUUGCUACAAGCUGUGGAACGACGCAUGGACAAAAAGCUCUAAGAGGGGUGUUUUAGGUGUUUGAAUACACAAAAUUAAUCCCAAGAAGAGGACCACGGAGAGAGCUUCAGACAAAUACUAUCAUUGCACUGGUCUAGGGCUGGUGGGGAGACCUUUAUACAUUUAUUUCCUCAGGUCCCUACAACUGACUUGCUCUAAUUCUUAGCAAUGUGCUGGCCACAAUUUUAAUAUUUUUCCCCAAUGGUCUUCAACUUCCUG